GAGCCGUGACGUCAUCUGGUGAGCGACAGAGUCAUCUGGUCAGCGGUGGUGGGAGAACGUGAUUGUUUUCGGCCCUGAAAAUGGUGAAAUCGGGGAAACUUCGGUCGGGGAGCGGGGCCAAGCUGAAGCGCUGGAAGAAAGGACACAGCAGCGACUCCAACCCGCAGACGAGCCGCUUCCGACAGGCAGCGAAAAGCCGCUUUUUCAGCAGACCCAGCGCGAAGAGUGAUCUUACCGUCGAUGCUCUCAAGCUUCACAAUGAGCUGCAGGCCGGCCCCCUGGAGCUCGGCGCUGGGGCCCGGAAGGAUGCUCAGAUGGAAGAGGAGCCCGACGAGAGGCUGUCUGAGCGAACAUCCGGCACCUUCCUGAGCGGCCUGUCCGACUGCUCCAACCUCACGUUCAGAAAGGUGCAGCGCUUCUGGGAGUCCAACUCCGCCGCGCACAAAGAGAUCUGUGCGGUUUUGGCAGCUGUUACUGAAGUGAUCCGAAGUCAAGGCGGGACAGAAACUGAGACGGAGUACUUCGCUGCUUUGAUGACCACCUUGGAAGUUGUGGAAUCAGAAGAGUCUCAGGCUGCAGUGGCGUAUCUUCUCAACCUGGUCAUGAAACGUGUUCCUGCUCCAGUGCUGCAGUCCAAGUUCUCGGACACAACCAAAGCUUUCAUGGACGUCAUGUCUAAACAGGCCUCGUCUGACACGUCUUCAGCGCUCAGAUGGAUCUUGUCAUGCUUGGCCACUUUGUUGAGGAGGCAGGAUGUUUCCGUGUGGAGUUACCCGUCCACCCUGCAGGCCUAUCACGGUCUGCUCAGCUUCACGGUGCACAGCAAGCCCAAGGUGCGUAAAGCAGCUCAGCAAGGCGUCUGCUCCAUCCUCCGAGGCAGCAGCUUCCUCUUUGCCGAGGACGCUCCCAGCCAUCAUCCCGCUGCUGUUACUACCGCCAAGUUCUGCGUCAAAGAAAUAGAGCAGGCGGGAGGCAGCAAAGAGGACACCACCACCCUCCACGUGCUUUGCCUGCUGAAGGAGCUGAUGGCCACGUUCCCUCUGGGAGCCGUAAAGUCCUGCUGCGAGACCCUGCUGCGCGUCAUGACCCUCAGCCACGUGAUGGUGACGGCCAGCGCCAUGCAGGCGUUUUAUCGGCUCUUCAGCGGGAAGCCCAGCGCCUCGUCGCUCUCUGCAGAACUCAACGCUCAGAUCAUCACGGCUCUUUACGACUACCUCCCCAGUGAGAAUGACCUGCAGCCUCUGCUGGCCUGGCUCACCGUCAUGGAGAAAGCACACGUUCACCUGGCAAGUUUGCAGAGCUCUCUGAGCUUAGGUCACCUCCCUCGGCUGUUCUCUGCUGCCAUGUCCUGCCUGCUGUCGCCUCACACUCAGGUGGUUGCUGCAGCCACCAACACCCUCAAGAGUUUGUUGAGUGAAUGUGUUGCUCCUCACAUGGAGGAUAUUGGUCCCAUCACUGCCACAGCCUCUGCAGGGAACCCCUCAUAUGUCUGCAAAAUGUUUCGUAUCGUGGAGGAAGGAUUAUCCUAUCGCUUUCAUGCCUCGUGGCCCUUUGUGCUGCAGAUCCUGGGUUCCUUUUACAGAGUUGCAGGCAAGCAAGCUCACCCCAUCAUGACUAAGUCCCUGCAGUCGCUGUCAGACCUGCGCUCCACCCCUCAGUUCCCCUUCAGAGGGGAGUUGGACCUGGCUGUGGGAGGCGCUGUGGAAAGCAUGGGGCCUGAGGUGGUGCUUGCUGCUGUGCCUCUCAACAUCACCGGCUACAACGAUGACUUGGAGUUCCCUCGCAGCUGGCUGGUUCCGGUCAUCCGAGAUCACGUCAAGAACACCUGCCUCGGUUUCUUUGCUUCCUAUUUUCUCCCAUUGGCCACUACACUAAAGCAGAGAGCUGAUGAGUUGGAGCAAGAGGGAAAGAAGCUGGAAGCAAAAGUCUACCAGACGCUACAGAUCCAGAUUUGGACCAUGCUUCCCGGCUUCUGCACAGGACCGGUGGACCUGAUCGCGUCGUUCAAGGGCGUCGCCCGGACUCUUGGCACGGCCAUCAACGAGCAGCCAGAGCUGCGGCUCACAGUGUGCCAGGCUCUGCGCACGCUGAUCAAUAAGAGCUGCUCCACAGCGGAAGAAAAGGCAGAAUUGGGACGGUUCUCCAAGAAUUUCCUGCCCAUCCUUUUCAACGUGUACAGCCAGCAGCCCGCAGAGGGAGAAUCUGGUACCUACAGGAUGGCUGUGCUGGACACCAUCAAAGUAUAUUUAACCGUCACAGACGUGCAGCUGAUCUGCACAUUCUUGCAAAAAGCCUUUGACAGGCUGACCAGCACAGAGAGCGUCGAGUUCACACGGCUUGCAGUGAUGGACCUAGUGGUUGCCAUGGCUCCCUUCGUAGAUGAAAGCACCAUGGCCAAAACCUUUGAGCUGAUAAGACCAUAUUUGGAGGCCAAAGAGCCGGGCAUGCAGAAGAAGGCGUACCGCGUGUUGGAGGAGAUGUGCGGGGCGGAGAGAGACGAGUGUAAAUCCUUCGUCUUGUCCAACCUGGAAACUCUCAAAGUUGUCCUCCUUGACACUCUUAAAAAUGCUUCUUCGCCUGCAAAGAGGCCACGGCUCAAGUGUCUGAUCCAUAUUGUGAAAAGGUUAAACGAGGAGCACAAAGGCUUCAUCACCGCGCUGCUGCCAGAGGUGAUCAUCUGCACCAAGGAGGUGUCUGUGGGAGCUCGGAAGAACGCCUAUAGCCUCCUGGUGGAAAUAGGAAGCGCUUUUGUUCGCUUCAGUGGGAACAAAAAAGAUGCCAUGGAGGAGUAUUUGGCUCUGGUGUACGCAGGACUCACCGGAUCCGUCACCAUGAUCACUUGCACCGUUUUGGCAUUGACUCGCCUUGUGUUUGAGUACAAAGACUCGAUAGAGGUGUCCUCCAUGGAGCAGCUGCUGCACAACAUCUGUCUGCUGCUGUCGUCUCGUACCAGGGAGGUGGUCAAAGCGGCCUUGGGCUUCAUCAAAGUCAUCCUCUUCAUCAUGGACCCCAAAGCUCUGGGCUCACAUGUCACCGUCAUGAUGGAGGGAAUCGGAAACAUCAAGGAUGACGUAAGAAGGCACUUCAGGACCAAACUCAAGAACAUCUUCACUAAAUUUAUCAGAAAGUUCGGCUUUGAGCUGGUGAAGAGCAUGCUGCCUGCAGAGCACCACAAGGUGCUGACAAACAUCCGUAAGGCCGAGGCCCGAAACAAGAGGCGGAAACAGGCCACCGACCAACAGGAGGACUCGGAGAGCGAAGAGGAGGCACCUAAAGCCAAGAGCGAAAGCAUCGAAGACAUCCUCGCAGAAUCCGACAGCGAUUUGUCCGAGGACGAAGGAAAGCCUCGCAACGGGCCGAAGAAAUCAGGCAAACAGAAAGGAAAAGCAUGGCUGAAGGAGGGAGCGGGAGACGAUCCCCUGAACUUUUUGGACCCAAAGGUCUCCCAGAGAGUUCUAGCCACAAACCCGGCGCUGAAGAAGACGGCCAAGGUGGAACACGGCUUCAAAGUGACGUCAGACGGACGGCUCAUCAUCAGAGAGGACGAGGAGGAGGAGGCAAAAGGCAAAGACAGAGAAGAGAUGGACGAUAUCCUGGAGGAAGCAGGCGUGAAAACUAAAAAAUCCCAGAAGAGAAAGUUUCAGGAGGACAACUUUGAUGAUGACAUGGAUGUUGAGCCUCAGCUAAAAUAUAAAGCCGGCGGAUCGGGUAUCCACAGACCUCUGGGACAAAGGCAAGAUGUGGGCGCGGAUUAUAAAUCAAAGAAAGGAAAAGGAGAUGUGAAGAAAAAAGGAAAGUUGGAUCCUUAUGCAUACAUCCCACUGAAAAAAGACCAGCUCAAUCGCAGGAAACGAGCCAAACUGCACGGCCAGUUCAAGGGAAUGGUGCGAGGUGCCCAGAAGGGGGCGCAGUCUGGAAAGAAAAUGCAGAAGAAAAAAAGGAAAGCCUGAAGACGAUUGUUUUAUGUUGCGUGUUGGACUCCUAUUGUAAUGUGUGAAGCAAAAUGAGAGCACAUCCUGGAUGUGUGUUUGUGUUUCAAAGAUGCUCUGAUGAUCAACAGCUUUUCUAUCGUUCAGAGGAACGGAGACCGGAUAUUACCUCUGACUUGUUACUGAGGUAGAAGAAAACGGAUUAAAUGAUCUCUUAUCAUUUAGACAUGCCUCAAAUUAAUCUGAAGGGUUGCAUCCAUACAGAGACAACUGGGUUAUUUUUCAUUGCCACAUCUGGCCACUAGAGGGUGUUGCAUGUGCAUUGUAAAUUGUGAAUAAAGCAUUCAUUAAUGCUAUAAGGUUUCUUCAAUUAGAGUGAAGUAGGCUACACCGUUUGCUUUUCUGCGUACGUCGUCAUAAACCUAAAGUAAUUUGUGCUGUUGCUGUAUUUUACGCCGCACCUUUGAGACUUGAGGUGAACGUUUGUAGGUUUUUUUUUUUUUUUUUUGGCCAACUUGCAAAACCCUGAUGUGAUUCAUUUUCCCUGAAGCAACGUGAAUCACGUAGUAAAAGGCUGACCUUUGAGUCACUAUCCUGUGUUCAGCAUGUCAGCGAUUCCUGAGAGAAAAACAUCACUGUGGCCAGAACUAUGAGGAAGGAUUUGGGACAAAUUUAACUUUAAUCUUCGACUUUACUUUUAUGUAAAAUCACAGCAGGAGUUAAUCUGAUACUAAACUGGUUGUCCCUUGAGCUGCAAAUCAAAUACUGGGGAAAAAAACUUGUUUGUAAGGAAUAAAACGAUCAAUGAACAUCUCUACCUUUUUGGUUAGAAUUUAGUAAAAACCAGAGAAAGGUUAGAGACAUGAGCUUUAAUCCGUAAAGCAGAAUGCUGCUUGUGGAUUAAAGCCUCAUAAACUAAACAUUAUGAUCAAUGUUCCAUGUGUCACAUUAGAUUGUUGAAUUAAAAUUAUUUAAACAA